CAUUUAUUAUGCUUUAUAUAGAGCUUUCAAGAUUUCACAAUUCAGUAGUCAUCUUUUUUCCCCAAAAUUCUUGUGUAUCAAAAAACUGCAUUUCCAAUUAGCUUUGUCUCGUGGCAAUAUUCCAAUGGAAAGUAGUGAAAAGAAGCAAGUGGGUCGUGCUUCCACCAAACAAUCUUCCACCGGUAUUUUCUCUUCAAUUUUCCCACCACCAUCUAAGGUUAUGGGAAGGAAAGCUUCGGCAGCUGAACUCAUACAAUCUCUGGAGAAGCAGUCCUCUGGUUGUAGGGCAUGGAACAAAUCAGCUCCAGCUGACAUAACGAAAAAUAAACAAGGUGCAGGGCAUUGCAGAUCCAGUAAGCCACAUGAAUAUCUUUUUCAAGAUAGAGGGGAACCAUGUCCACUUAGUUCUUCUCUCUUCUAUGGUGGUCAAGAGGACAUGUACAUCAAGUCAUCCGAUGCUCAGAAAUCUUUAUCAUAUCCUUCUUACAAGAAGGAAGGAGGAGAAUAUGAUCCUAGCGGAAACAACCAACACACUGCAUCUAGAGGAAAUUGGUGGCAAGGGUCACUUUAUUACUAGAAACAUGGUCUCCGAGCCCCCAAGACAUGAAUUCCCAUUUAUUUAGUAGAGGAGUUCCGGAAGUCUUGGAAUCAGGUUGCUAUAGAUUUGGUGAAGACUACUAGUACGGCCAUGUGUUGACAGACUCAAAAAGUUUUUAUUCUGGGUUCUCUUGAUGGUUAUUUGAACCUUAUGUGACAUGGGCCUUUUUAAUCUUUUUGGCUCCGUGCCUUACAAAGCAGGGAUUUAGGAACUGCAUCUCUAUACUCCUUUCUACUCUUCGUAUGCAAUUAAACGAUGUAAAUCUUUGAAUAAGUUCUUGUCAAGACUUGCAUGGAACUAGUUCUUUGGAAAUCUACUGUGAAAUGAACUUGCAUUGCCCUUUCUGAAUAAGAUUGAUGCCUGACAGAACAUUAUGUAUGCUUCUGAUGGCUUGGAAUUCUAUGUAUU